CUACAGGCUGGCCAUUGGAGACGCUUAAUGCUCAGCAGCAAAAUGGCCGCCCGUCAACCGACUGACUCCACAGCGCUUUGAAAUUUAAAUUCUUCUGCACAUUAGGGUUUACACUAUUACAACGUCAGUACUUAUUUACAAACAAGUAGCUUAGUCCGCGUGCAUUUCUAAUCAUCUGCCACUCACUUGACUGUUCGCUCAAGCGUCGCUGUUCUUGUAGCCACGACGAAUGCCUCAAAAAGCUAGGAAAGAAAAUCGCACUUAAGCACUUUAGCUAAGCUAGCUAGCACGCGAGCUUUUCUUCAUAUGUGAUUAAAGAGAAGAAAGGAGUAUCGGGACAUGAGCAGUAGUUCAUGGAAGACAAGAAAAGGAAAAAAGACGACAAAAGGAAAAGGGAAGCCUGUCAGAAGGUUACAGAACAAAAAAACAAAGUGCCAGACUUGACCAAGCCGGUGUCCGCCCAGUCUCCUGCCACUCAGAGCAGCUCUGCCUCCCCCAGCCCUGGACCCACCCCCUCUGCCUCCCUAUCCCCAGCCACCUUGGGCCCUGGCAGUGCUGCCACCCCGUCACAGGGCGGCAACAAUGCCAAGCGCCUGGCGGUGGCCAACGGACAGCCAACCUCCACCACCAUUUCUUCCUCCACUGCUGGCGGCCCCGGUGCUGCUGGAAACGGCAGUACAAGUAGCGGAGGCGGAGCCCAAGCGCCUCAGCAGCAACCGCGCUACAUGCCGAGGGAAGUGCCACCGCGAUUCCGCUGCCAGCAGGACCAUAAAGUGCUACUGAAGAGGGGUCAGCCGCCACUGUCCUCCAUGCUGCUGGGGGGAGGAGGAGGAGAAAAAGGAGGAGGAGGGGGGGGGGAUGGCCCCAAUGCAAACAUGGCUGCUGUCUCAGAUUCUGGUGCAGCUGCCUCAUCCUCAUUGGCCCUCACCUCAUCAGUUGCUGCUUCUACUACUACUUCUAAUUAUGCAAAUUCCAUGUGGGGGGCAAGCUCAGGCAGCCAGGUCUCCUCUCAGGGCAGGGAGAAGGUGAUCGUUGAUGGCAACGACCUAGAGGAAUGGCCUAGCAUCGCUGGCAGUGAAGGGGUAGGAGCUUCUUUCACUGGGUCUGGAGGGGGCAGCAGCAACAACGGAAUUCCUGUGAACAGCAUUAGUGCCUCUGGCAACCAAUCCUCACCCACUUCCUCGUUCUCUUUGCCCAAUGAAUGUAUGCAGUCGUCCAACGGUGUGGCGUGGGGGAUGGCUGCCUCCCAGGGUCAUCUUGGAGGAGGGAAUGCAGUAGCUGCAGCUGGGCCUCUGCUACAACAGCCCUCCUCACUUUCCAAAGCCUCCGCUGUGCCAGGGAGCCAUGAUGCCAGUGGCCCCGUUGACGGCGGCAGUGGGAUUCCAGGUGCCAACUUCAAUCCAAAUGCCAACCCUUCGGCCUGGCCUGCCCUGGUACAGCAGGAUGGGCCCGCUGCUGCAGGGGAAGGAGGUCCGUCUUCCUUCCAUCACCAGGGCCCAGGAGGGUCUUUAUCUGCCAACAACUCUGCUUCCCUGAGCCUGGCGUUGGGAGGUGGGGUGCUGGGGGGUCCCCCACCUUUAUCUGUGAAUCAAUCAAGCACCCAUCAGCGGCAACUUCACCAAAUGCAAUCCAGAGACAGAGAGAUGGGAGGGGGCAAGUGGGACAGCGAAUCAGCGGGACCAAAAAUCGUAGGGGGGGAAGGGAUUGGGGCAGGAAUGGACCGUGGUGUGGGAGGGAGCGAGAUGAGUGUGGGAGACCACAGCCUUGCCUCCUCAUGGAGAGGCCAGUCUUCUUAUUCUGCAGCUAACUCCAAAUUGGGUGCCUCAAGGACUGAUGGAUGGGAGGCUGGAGGAGGUGGCACAGGGGGAUUUGGAGCUGCUGAAGGAGAUAAUGGGACCUCGGGUUGGGGGUAUCAGAGUUCAACUAGUGGCGUUGGUGCUUGGGGCAGUGCUGGAACUGAGGGAAACAGUAGUCAAACCUCCGGGGUAUCUCAGGGAGGGUGGGGGUCAUCAGGAGUAGGAGGAGAGAGAGGAGUUUCUGGUGGUGAAUGGGGUGGGAGCUCCACCGGUAUUGGUGGAGCUAAUUCAGGAGGUGAGGGAAUUGCUGGAGCAUCCAGCAGUAACAGCAGCAGUAGUGGGGGCAGCACAGCUGGCAAUCCCCCUGCCACCUCUUCCUCUUCCUCAACAGCCACCACUAUGACCAGAGCUUGGGACAAUCACAAGGGGGAGAGUGAAACAGGGGAAUGGGGUGGGGGAGUAGAACUACAGGGAGCACAGGGAGGAUCUUCAUCUAGUGGUGGAAAUUCGAGAAAUGGGGCCGAGCCUAACAGUAGACACAGUCGUCCUCCCCACCCUGAACCUAAUGCUGAAGCUGCCUUAGAAAACCUGCUCAGCCGGUCUGAUCUGGACCCUCGCGUCUUGUCCAACACAGGCUGGGGCCAAACACAGAUCCGACAAAACACGUCCUGGGACUUUGAAGAACAUGGACGACAGAGUAAGGGUAGAUCAUCAUCAGCUACAUCAAAACACACAUCUUCUCUUGGUGGUUCUUCUCAGUAUUCUGGUGGACCCAGGACUCUAAUCACUGAUUCUAUGGGUCCAGGGGUCAAUCCUUCCCUGGUUCCAUCUGCUGGGUCCUCCGGAGAGGGCUGGGAGAGCAGCAGCAACAGUAGCAGUAGUGGGGCCUCUCUCUCUGGGAGAGCCCCACUAACUUCAGGCCCCAACAUGAGGAAUCUUGGCGUCUCACAAUCUGGGCCAGUGACCAAAACGGGACCCGGAAUGGGGUCAGGGGUAAUGCCAGGACAUAGCCAGCAGGGUAAGGCUACAGGCUGGGGUGGAGGAGGAAUUGGGGCUGGGGAUGCCCAGCAGGCCAAGAGCUGGGGAAAUGAGGAAUGGAGAGACGGUGGUAGUAGUAGAGGAGGAAAUGGAGGAGGAUGGGGUGAUGCUGGGCAACAGGGUGACUCAGUGAGUGGAGGCUGGGGAGGAAAUAAGGAGGAGAAAGGGGCAGGGGGGUGGAAAGAAAUGGGAGGGAAUGGAGGAGGCAGUGGGUGGGGAUCAGGCCAGAAGGCUGGGGCAGGUAGGGACUGGGGAGAGCAACAGUCCAAAUCAAAUAGCGGAGGAGGGGGAUGGGAGGAUGACAGGAAGAAUGGAGGUGGAAACUCAGGUGGGGAUUCAGGUGUGGGUAGUUGGGGGAGCUGGGAUGAUGGUGCUCCUCGGAGAACCUGGGGAGCAGGUGGCACAGGGGGAGGAGGAGGUAGUGGAGGGGGAGGUGGGGUGGGUGCUGUUGGGGGCAUGGGGUCUAAACCUCAUCAAAGUUGGAGUGGAGCAAACAAAAUACACCAGAUGCCAAACAGCCAGACGGGUUCCACAGCUCCGCAGGCACAACUGCAACAGCAACAAUCACAGCCCCGCAAUCAGCAUCCACAGCGACAGCCAGCAUUGGACCAAGGGGCUAUGCAAGGGGUCGGGGGUCGGAAACCCAUCUCUCAAGCCCAGAAUCAGAACCAAAGCUCAGGCUGGACCUCGGGGCCCAUUCCUGGUAGCUCCGGAGGCGGAGGUGGAAGUGGAUCUGAACCAAGCGGCUGGGAGGAACCCUCACCACAGUCUAUAAGUCGAAAGAACGAGAUAGAUGAUGGAACAUCAGCAUGGGGUGACCCAACCCAUUACAACUACAAGCCAGUCAACCUAUGGGAUAAGAACGGCGCCCCUGCUGGACAGCAGACACAUGACCAGCAGCCACAUAGCCAGGUUCAGCCUCAGCCUCAAGCUCAGCCUCAAGCUCAGGCUCAGGCUCAGGCUCAGGCUCAGGCUCAGGCUCAGGCUCAGGCUCAGGCUCAGGCUAAGCAGCAACAGCAACAGCAACAGCAACAGCAACAGCAACAGCAACAGCAGCAGCAACAGCAGCAGCAGCUGCAGCAGCAGCAGCAGCAGCAACAGCAGCAGCAGCAGCAGCAACAGCAGCAACCUCCAAUACAGCAGCAGCAGCCUAGCAGACAAGCUGCAGCGCUUGGAGGUAACAGAGACUUCAACACUGGCCAUGGACCUGGAAAAACUUCAGCUAUUGGUCUGUCAGGUUGGGGUGGUACUUCUCCAACGAGUCCUUCAAUAGACAAUGGCACAGCAGCUUGGGGAAAGACUACUGAAGCACCUACUGGUUGGGGAGACCCUGACGAUGCUGGAGGGAAGACGGCGGGCUGGGGCAACCCUCCUACCUGGGGGGAUAAAGAGGGCUCUGUGGCUGCCUCACGUCACCCAAGCUGGGAGGAGGAGGAGGAGGGAGGUGGCGCAGGAGGUGGAGGUGGAGGUGGAUGCGGAGGAGGAGGAGGAGGAGGAGGAGGCAGCGGCAGCGGCGGAGGCGGCAUGUGGAACAGCCCCGGCUCCCAAGGAAGCAGCUCGUCUUGGGGACAAGGAGGCAAUGGGGGCUGGGGGCAGAGCCAUCCUGGGAAGAAGCCAAUCAACAAGGGUUCACUGAAGGUUGGUGGAGGAGACUCGUGGAUGAGCCCCAUCAACAAACAGUUUUCUAACAUGGGGCUAAUGAAUGAUGAUCCCAGUAGCCCAAACAUCGACCUGGCUCCGGGUUCUCUCCAGGAGAAGAAGAUGGAUAUGGAGAAAAGAGGCAUGGGGAUGGGGAUUAAUGAUUACAAUGGAGACAUAAGGAAGGGAGGAAGAGGAGGAGGAGGAGGAGCAGGGAUGGCUUAUCGUCCAGGUUCCAAAGAGGCAGCACCUGGGGAUGCUGGGUCCUACUAUGACAAGACCUUGCCUUUGACUAAUCAGGAUUGGUGCCUUGGGGAGGAGGGUCCUUGCUCUCUGUACUCACCACCCACUAUCUACAAGCCCCAAUCCCUCUUCAACCACAAUAUUCCCUUUAGACAAGGCGGUCACAGUAUCUUUGGCAGUAGUGGAGGGAUGGCUCAGUCAAGACAUCAGCCAACUGUCCCUCCCAUAAACCCGUCCCCAGGGAUACGAGCGCAAGUGCCUCAUCAGUUCCUGUCGCCUCAGGUGCCAGCCUCCGUGCUGAAGCAGAUGCCCCCUCCCAGUGGGAGCGUGGGGGGUGUUGGCGGCGUGGGAGGAGUGGCAGGAGUCGGGGGAGGUGUGUUCCCUCCACAGCUGUCUCCACAGCAUAUUGCCAUGCUCAGCAGCAUCUAUCCACCUCACAUCCAAUUUCAGUUGGCUUGUCAGCUCCUCCUACAGCAGCCGCAACAGCAGCAGCAGCAACUACUGCAAAAUCAGAGGAAGUUCCCACCGAAUGUGCGGCAGCAGGCUGACCCUCAACAGCUGGCCAGGAUCAUGGCAGUGCUCCAGCAGCAGAGGCAGCAGCAGCAGGUCGGGGGUUUAUGCGGCAGCUCCAAGCUUUCCCCCUCCCACCAUGGUGGAGGUGGCGGAGGGGGUCCCAAACUGCUGGGGGCUGAUUCCCUGCCUCAUCCAGGCCUGGCGGGAUCUGUGGCGGAUCUGCACCAGAAAACUCUUGGACCAUAUUCCGGAUUUGGAUCUGGGGUAAACCUCCCCGGUCUGGACCUGGGUGGCUCUGUUGGAGGGGGGCCUGGAGGCAUGAAGGACCUAGGGAUUCAGCAGUCCCGUUUUAAAUGGAUGAUGGAAGGACACUCUUCUCCAGACACCUCCUCACCUGAGAACGCAUUCCACAAAAACGGUCCUGUCACCCCCAUGAAGAUGCCGGGGGGCUCACCCUACUCUCAGUAUGACAUGAUGGUUGGGGACGGGCUGGGAGACAACUGGCAUCGCACCCCUGGCACCAAGAUGGGUACCAAGCCUACCACCACGCCCAGCUGGCCCCCUGAGUUCCAGCCUGGUGUGCCCUGGAAAGGAAUCGACCGCGUCGACCCUGAUUCCGACCCUUACAUGACCCCAGGGAGCAUGAUGGGAAACGCAGUGUCCCCCAACCUCAAUGAUACUGAGCACCAGUUGUUACAAGACAAUACAGAUUCCACCCCUCCCCUCAACACCAUGCUGCCUUCACCUGGUGCCUGGCCCUACAGUGCCUCAGACAGUCCCCUCAACAAUGCACACAACUCAGAGCCUCAUUCACUUCUCUGUAACGAUACAGUAAAGUACACAGACUACAAGACCAGCUGGCCCCCAGAGCCCAUCGGACACAAAUCCUGGAAAGCUACCCGUGGCAGCAGCCAGAGCCAGCUGUCCCGCCCACCUCCAGGACUAGCCAGUCAAAAGCAGCCAUCGCCUUCCCCUUGGUCUGGAGGAGCCCCUCGAUUGGCUGGUCGGGGCUGGGGCGGCGGCUCUAGCACCGCUGCCUCAACCUGGAGUGAUGGCAGCUCUCGGGAAAGCUGCUGGUUGGUGCUCAGCAACCUCACACCACAGAUUGAUGGCUCCACUCUGAGGACUAUCUGCAUGCAGCAUGGCCCUCUGCUGACCUUUCACCUUGGCCUGACCCAGGGCACCGCUCUGAUUCGCUACGGCUCCAAACAGGAGGCAGCCAAGGCCCAGAGCGCACUCCACAUGUGUGUUCUGGGUAAUACCACCAUCUUGGCGGAGUUCGUGAGCGAGGAGGAUGUGGCUCGCUACAUUGCACAUUCCCAGGCAGGAGGAGCAGGGAGCGGGGGAACCACAGCCGGCUCUGCAGGCUCCGGGCCAACAGCCUCCUCCGCAGUGGGGUCCAACGGUAACGGAGGGAGCUGCGAGAGAGGCGGAGCGGGAGGCAGCGGAGGAGGAGGAGGAGGAGGAGGAGGAGGAGGAGUAGAAGGAGGCUCCACAGCUGGAGGAGCAGGAAAUGGAGUAUCCGGGCCUUCCAGCUCCGGGUGGCAGAGUCUGGACAGCACAGGCAGCUCAUUGGACCAGUCUGGCACCCAGGGGCCCGGGCUGGGCAUCUUCGCCCAGUGGAGCAGCAAUGGGACCGGGGUGGGUGGGGCUGGAGGUGUGGAGGGCGGAAGGCAAGGUCUGUGGGGGGGAAUGGGUGGGAUGAGCGGGGCGGGGUACCCCAGCAGUAGCCUCUGGGGUUCCCCAGCACUUGAGGAUCGUCACCAGAUGGGCAGCCCCGCCUCGCUGCUGCCCGGGGACCUGCUGGGUGGGGGGGCCGACUGACACACACACACAUAUUUUACACUCAAGUUGUAAUACAUAUGUCAUACUCUAUUUAUUUACAUGUAGAGAUGACAUGAAUUAAAGCUCCAUUGGUCACCCAACAUGCAGUACAUGCACACAUGAUUUUCACACAUACACAUUAAACCGCUUAACUUUAAAUGAAGACGACAGUAAAACUUGAACCGGGGAAAAAGGUGAAACCAUUAAACUUUUGAGGACUCAUCUGGAUAGCUCCUUGUCUUUUUACUCCAAAUCCCACCAUCUGCAUUCAGAGACCCGAUCACUCAGGCAUGCACUGUAGACAGGCUCAGCCAGAGUCGUACAUGUCAACAAGUUUAGCUAUUGCUGUUUUUAUGUGCCACAAUUUAUUUUCUUUUGUAUUGCUAUUUAAAGGUCGAAUCUCAAAAUUCAGACUUGCAGACUGAGCCCUCAUAGACCUGGCUGGCGUACUUCUAAUUUCUCAUGUUGGAAGCUUUAGAGCGAGGAAGGAUCUGUGUGUCUAAAAUGCGGACGGCGCCACACUACUGAGUCAAAUGGACGAUCGGCAACCUUUGAGAUCUGGAAAAGGAGUGUGUUUUUAGUAGGUACCGGCACCUCUACCUUGGUGGAAAUAUGCCAUCAACAUGGGACCCAGGGUAAAAGGAAAAAGAAAAAUCAAAACCGAAACAACAUUAGCCAAACUUGCACUAUAUGCCUCUGGGUUUGUUGAUGACAAAUCCUCCACAAAUCCCUCCAUUUUUUUUGUUUUUGUUUUAACGGCUUCAACACAACUACACAGACCGUACAGGAAGACCUAAUGUUACAACAGCAGUGGCCUUGGCUAACAACCAGCGGCCGCACACCCGCCAUGUCAGCAGCCUUCACACCUUCUCAUCAGUUACACACUGCUCUUAUAUUUGACAAGCAAAAUUGUAUCUCCUUGUUGAUGUAUGUCGGUUGUUUAUCAUUUGUUUGUUUUAAAAGAAAAGAGAAAUGUGUGAAACUUUGUGGAAAUUAAGAGAUGUCCUUUUUUUUCCCUUCAAAACACUGACCUCGCUAUUGUAUUUUUUUUUCUUACUCAAGAAAUCAAGUUGGUUAUUAUAUAUUGUCAUGACGUAAAUGAUGACUAUGAUCACUAUUUACUCGCUGUACAAGGUGCCCUCCUGCCUGCCUGUGUGUGCAUGAAAGGAGCGAUGACAGUAUGACCGACUGGAGGAGGAUGUGAUGAAGAUAUUAAUGACGAUGAUAUCGAGAGUGUCUGUGUUAAUUGCUACAAUGUUGAAUGUGUUUUUUUUUUCUUGUCCAUGAGAAAUGUUUUUUGUGUGCGUGUGCGUGUGCGUGUGCGCGUGUGUGUGUGUGUGCGCGCGCUUGCUUUUGAACACUUAUCUGCUCCAGUCAGGGAAGUGAAACGAUGUUAAUCUGACAGCUUAUAUUUGAGAGAACGGGUGCGUUUGUGGAUGUGUGUUUGCGUGCUUGACUGUCUGGAUAUUGUAAUAGCUAAAAAGUUAAAAAACAUUGGCACUAUUGCAUAUGUCUCUUAAGUUGUGUUUUUAGCAGCAUUUAUUUCCCGUUUGUGUUUUUCUUUUCUUUCUUUUUUUGCCAAAUGCAAUAACAGAAUAUUUUCUUUUCAAGACGAAGCAACCAACUGAAGGCAUUUCUAUUAAUAUGCCAAAUCCUACCAUACCAAGCUGAGCUGGAACAGUGUUUUACAGACACGUUAAAGACAUUACCUGUUAUGUUUGUUUCUUUUUGUUAUGUAUCAAUCUAAAUUAAGUCAGUCCUUAUUAUCACUCCUGUUCAGGAUGUUUUCAUUUAUUUCAGAUGUUACAAAAAGAAGAGGGAAUUAAUUUAAAGCAGAAAAGAACAAGAUAAUAAAGGUUGAAUUGAA